UUGCCCAUCCUCUCAUUCUCUCUCUCUCUCUCGCGCGCGCGCGCUCGUCGACACUGCUCUCUCCUGGUGUCUUUCCCGACUUUUCGAGGGUUAGGGUUUGGUAGCGUCAAAUUUUAUAGAAUGGAUAGGCACAGAGAUCGCUACGGAAGCAACCAAGAACCUCAUCACUAUCGGCACUCUAGAGGACCCCCCUCUCGCUCUUCCGAUGGCCCUGUGAACCACCACCGUCGGAGCCCUAAAGCCUACCGAGGCGGUUUCUCUGGCGGCGCCGGUGGCGGGGGUCACCACCGUCCUUUCGACAGCCCGCCGCGCCACUCUCCUGCGGCCGCCGCCGCCGGCGGAGGAUUCCAGCCAAUGGGCCCUCUUGGAGGAGGAGGAGGAGGAGGCGGAGGAGGAGGAUUAGGAAUAGGAGUAGGAGGCGGUGGCGGCGGCAGCUUCUUCAAUUUCGAUCACCAGGUGCCUCUAUCCAGCCAGAAACGAGGGUUUCCGUUCUCUGCCCGUCCGGGAGCGUCUCCAGAUCAUUUUGAUGGUGGCAGCUUUGCUAAACUUUUUGUCGGGUCUGUUCCAAGAACAGCCACUGAAGAAGAUAUUCGCCCCUUGUUUGAAGAGCAUGGGCGUGUUAUAGAAGUUGCAUUGAUCAAGGACAAGAGAACAGGGCAGCAACAAGGAUGUUGUUUCAUAAAGUAUGGUACUUCUGAAGAAGCUGAAAGGGCCAUUAAAGCCUUGCACAAUCAACAUACUUUGCCUGGGGGAUUGGGUCCCAUCCAAGUUAGGUAUGCUGACGGGGAACGAGAACGCCUUGGUGCAGUUGAAUACAAGUUGUUUGUUGGCUCACUGAACAGACAAGCUACAGAAAAGGAAGUUGAGGAAAUUUUCUCACCUUAUGGUCGUGUUGAAGAUGUCUACCUUAUGCGUGAUGAAAUGAAGCAGAGUCGUGGAUGUGGAUUUGUUAAAUUCUCACAUAGAGAUAUGGCAACGGCAGCCAUUAAUGCACUUAAUGGAAUUUAUACAAUGAGAGGCUGUGACCAGCCAUUAAUUGUUCGAUUUGCUGAUCCGAAGAGGCCUAGGGCUGGAGAAUCAAGGAGUGGUCCAGCAUUUGGAGGUCCAGGUUUCGGUCCUCGCUUUCAAGCACCAGGGGCUAGACCUUCUCCAAAUCUUGGUGAUCCUAUGGGUGGUCGAAUGCCUCCUAAUGCUUGGCAUCCAAUGAGUCCAGAGAACAUGGGGCCAUCUUCUAAUUCUAGUAUUCAUGGUUUUGGAAGUCAGUUGCUUCCUAGAUCUGGUGAUGUGGCAAUGCCUUCAACUCUGGGUGGUCCCCUUGGUGGUCUUGGUGGACCUCCCGAUGGUUCUCUUCCUGGACUUGCAGUUUCAUCUACCUCUAUGUCUCAGCAGAGUUUCAACCAGUCUUUGCCUCAAGUUCCAUCUGUUGGCCAGCAAAUAUCACCAAUGCAAAAAACGCUUCAGUCGCCUCAACACUUGCCGCCUUCCCUUCAAUUGCACGCUCAAAGUCAGGCAUCUUACUCACAUACACAAACUUCCCAUGCAUCCUUUCGGCAACCUGGUCAACUACCAAUUCCUCAUUCUGCUGGUCAAGCUCCCUUCAACCAAGCACUGCCAUCACAACAGCUACUUGGAUUGGGUGCGCAGUUGUCUGUUUCUCAACCUCAGGUCCAGCAGAGUGCCUCAUCUGCUACAGCACAACAAACUCCUUUAAAUAUCAAUGCACAACCUCAUGCUGUGUCUGCCUUGGCAAAUCAACAGCAGCUGCCUUCUCCUGUCCAGCAGCAACUGCUUCAGCCUUUGCAGCAGUCACCUUCUCAGUUAGCUCAGUUGCUAUCUCAACAGACACAAACUCUACAGGCAAGCUUUCAAUCAUCUCAGCAGGCUUUCUCUCAGCUGCAACAACAAUUACAGCUGAUGCAGCCAUCAAAUCAAGGUCUAACGCCACUAACGCCACAGCAGAGUUCCCAGGCAACCAAACAGCAGUCUCAGUGGCCUGGGAUUGUGCCACAAUCAGUUACCAGCACUUCUGCAGUCACACCAGCUGUUGAUGUACCAUCGACUACAUCUGCUGCUCCUGCAUCUUCUGCAAUCACCCAGGCAGUUGCUUCUGCGAAGUGUAACUGGACAGAGCACACCUCGCCUGAUGGCUACAAGUAUUAUUAUAAUAGUGUAACUAGUGAAAGCCGGUGGGAGAAGCCAGAGGAGUUGACACUAUAUGAACAACAACAACAGCAACAGCAACAGCAACAGCCACAGCAGCCACAGCAGCAACAAAAACCUGUAGUUCAACAGCCUCCUACCCAGUCGCACCCUCAAAUUCUAUCUACACAGCAAAUUCCUCAAACACAACAGGUCCAGCUUCAGACACAACUUCAACCCCAGAUCCGCCACAACCAGCAGUUACAGCAACCACCUUUGUCUGUAUCGUAUCAAACUUCUGGAGUUAUGGCCCACCAAAAUGUUCAGGAUCUUGGUUACUCACAAUUCCAGGUUCCAGCUAAUUUGGUUAAUGAUCCAUCACGCUUCCCACAGGGGCUUCAUGCUGCUCAGGAGUGGAUGUGGAAGAAUAAGCCUGCAGGUUUUGUUAAUUUUCUUUUUCAUCAAAUUUUCGUUGAUGUUUAUGGUGGGGAUGUUUGUCAUCAUCUUGAUUGUGCAGAAGCUUAAUAUUGGAAGGUUUUUUUCUCUCAUAGCUUGUUUUUCUGCAGGAACAUGAAGCAGGGGAAUGAAAUCGGAGGAAAAGGGCUGCUGCUCUGCCUAGAGUUUAAACACCCAAGAUCAAUUUGGAAUGGGAAUUUGUAAUCCUAGUUUUUUUGUACCAGCGAUGUUUUACCAUAUCUCGAGUCUAUUAUGUGUUUCAUUAGUACAUUGUAAUGUAAUGUCUCUUCAAAAUCUUAUAACAUGCAACGGGUUAGAAGUUUUUCCCCCUUUACCUUUAGUCAUAAGAGUUUUGUUUGAUCACAAAAAGGUGUAUUUGAAUUGGAGGUGCUCCUAAUUUAGAACUUUAUCAUAUUUAGAAAACUCAAUAUUACU